GUCAGAAAGGCUUUGGAUUGCGUGAGUUGUUGAAGUGAGAAAGCUAAUGAAUGCUGUGAGUGAAAUCCUCGUCGAUACGUUCGAUAUCAAUAUAUAUGAAGAUUCAAGAAUAGGCGGAGGAAGAGAUUGUAUUGAUAGAAAGUAUGAAUAAUCUAAAAUCUUCAAGCUCCGAAUUGGACUUGGAUCGACCCAAUCUUGAAGAUUAUCUUCCUACUGGAUCCAUCCAAGAACCUCAUGGCAAGCUUCGCCUGCGUGAUUUGCUUGAUAUUUCCCCCACCCUAACUGAGGCUGCAGGUGCCAUUAUUGAUGAUUCUUUCACCCGAUGCUUCAAGUCGAAUCCACCAGAACCUUGGAACUGGAACAUUUACUUGUUUCCUUUAUGGUGCUUGGGGCUUCUUGUUAGAUAUGGGAUUCUUUUCCCUAUAAGAGUUAUUGUCUUGACAAUAGGAUGGAUAAUAUUUCUCUCUUGCUAUAUCCCGGUGCAUUUCCUACUUAAAGGGCACGAUAAGUUCAGGAAAAAGCUAGAGAGGAUUCUGGUGGAGCUGAUAUGCAGUUUCUUUGUUGCAUCUUGGACUGGGGUUGUCAAAUACCACGGCCCACGGCCUAGCAUACGACCUAAGCAGGUUUUUGUGGCAAAUCACACGUCAAUGAUUGAUUUUAUUAUCUUAGAGCAGAUGACUGCAUUUGCAGUGAUCAUGCAGAAGCAUCCUGGAUGGGUUGGACUACUGCAGAGCACUAUUUUAGAAGGUGUUGGAUGUAUCUGGUUCAACCGCUCAGAAGCCAAGGAUCGUGAAAUUGUAGCAAGGAAGUUGAGGCAACAUGUUGAAGGAGCCGAUAACAACCCCCUUCUUAUAUUCCCUGAAGGAACUUGUGUAAAUAACCACUACACUGUCAUGUUCAAAAAGGGAGCAUUUGAACUCGGCUGCACUGUGUGUCCUGUGGCAAUCAAGUACAACAAAAUUUUUGUUGAUGCCUUUUGGAAUAGUAGAAAACAAUCCUUCACAACACACCUCCUGCAGCUCAUGACAUCUUGGGCUGUAGUCUGUGAUGUUUGGUACCUGGAGCCUCAGAACAUAAGACCCGGGGAGACUCCAAUCGAGUUUGCAGAGAGGGUGAGGGACAUCAUUUCUAUUAGAGCAGGUCUUAAAAAGGUUCCUUGGGAUGGAUAUUUGAAAUACUCUCGUCCUAGCCCCAAGCAUCGAGAGAGGAAGCAACAGAGUUUUGCAGAAUCAGUGUUGCGUCGACUGGAAGAGAAGUAGAGAAUUGGAUGUAUGCUUUUGUCUCCAUGUUCAUUUUUGCUUUGAGUUUGUUUUUGUUCAUAAGUUUAUUUUUUUCUGUGGCGUAGAGCCGUUCAGUUUGCAAUAGGGGUAGUAGUAUUUUCGCAUUGAGAAUAGACGUUGUCUUUCAUAACUUUCUUUAACUAUAGUAAAGAGAAUAUUAGUACAAAGUUGGCAGGUAUCUGGUGCUUUUUGUGUGUGUGAAAGAGAGAUGAUGCCAAAUAUACUCUCCUUAGGUCCUU